GACGUGAUAACUGAUAAGUGCCAAAUCUAGUAUCUACGUGGGUGGAGCUGCUGCAACAACUUCAUCUUCAAACUUCAAAGACGUAAUAAUAAUCAAUGAUUCUGAGAUUUUGAAUCAUUGAAUGAAAUCAUAUCAAAAUGGAAUCAUACUAUUUAGAUAUUCUUAUGAUAAUUAAUCUUAUACUUCAUUCAAUAGUUUUGACGAAUUGUUCUGUUGGGAACUUUGAAAUCAUAAAAGGGAUCCCAAUAGAAAGUGCCAAACUAUAUGCCCAUGGCCAGGACUUCUCUUGUUUGGAUGGCACUUUAACUAUUCCUUAUUCAUAUAUUAAUGAUGAUUAUUGUGAUUGUAUUGAUGCAAGUGAUGAACCAGGUACCUCGGCAUGUCCAAAUGGCACAUUUUACUGUACAAAUAGAGGACAUUUUCCUCUUGUUGUGCCGUCAUCACGUGUGAAUGAUGGAAUUUGUGAUUGUUGUGAUGGGUCUGAUGAGUGGGCUAAUAAUGUCCAAAAACAUGCUUGUCAAAACACAUGUGAAUAUCUUAGCUAUGAAGCUAGAAGUGAAGCAAAUAGAAAAAAUAGUUUAUAUGCUCUUGGAUUUAAAAUAAGAGCACAGCUUAUUAAUAAAGGCAAAUAUCUUUUAUUACAGAAACAGGUAAGACAAUUUGAUGUAUAUUAUAUAUACAUUGGAACAAAUAUAAUCUCAUAGUCCUACCCAUGCACAUUUCAAUAAUAAUAAAACAGUAAAUAUAAACUCGUAUAAUAGUCUGUUAUAACUCAUGUCACCAACCUAUCAAAAUAUCAAACAACAUUAUUAUUAUAAA